AUGAAAAUUCAAGAUGGUUGUCUUCGGCAAACCGACGAGUGUUCCAUUCACUUGUUAUGAACUUGGACACACAUGGUCACCUUCCUGUGUAAAGGCAUCACUCGGAGUGUCUUUUGAUGUCUUUAAAGAAGCACUGAAAAUAUAUGGAAGCCUCUAUUUGAUUGCUGGCAUUGUAAGGAAAAGAGGCAAGAAAUAUUUUCAGAAAAAAUGGUUAGCAGAAACUGGGCAGUCAACAUUGUUCCUUACAACAAAUGGAACCUUAUUUUUGGUGUUCUUCUGUCUAUGGAGGAAAAUCCUAGGCCGAUUCUUUUAUCCUACCUUGUCAUUUAUUCCUGCUGCAUCAGCUUCCUAUGCGGGAAUCCUCCUAGAGAGGCCGUCCAGAAGAGGCCUGCUUGCUAUCUACAUGGCAAACGUGGCUACUGAAACCUUCUACAGAAUGGCCAUGUCUAGAGGAUGGGUUGGUUCUCUACCACACGGGGAGGUACUGCUAUUCAGUGCAGCCACAGCCAUCUAUCUCUACCUCUUCAAGAGGAAUAGCCUGCCAUCCUCUACAAUAUCAGCUUUCAGGUUUCUGGUGGGCAAGGAUGAGCUACCAGCCUCAGUUUUGGAUGAGGAACCAACAGUCCGACCUUCCUCCCAGUCCCGAAUCAUAGGAAGGGGCACUCGAUUCACCACCCUGCAACCUGUUCUGUCCUGGCUACAAAACCAGUCUAAACAUCGUCUAUGUAAACACCACCAUAGCUGUGUUUACUAUGUACUCAAGGGGUUCACUAAGAUGUUUGGAUUAGGCUUUGUGAUCCAGGGAGGAAUCAAGGUUGUCAGCGCCCUGCCUAGGCUUGUCAAAAAUCCGAGUGCUCUCCUCCAGGCUGUCAAACACCGUGACAACUUCAAACUAGCAGCAUUCUUAGGAUGCUUCAAUGCUGUAUUCAGGGCUGUAAACUGCUGUUUAAGACAUAUACGUAACAGUGACAGUGAUAUACAUGGUCUACUGGCGGGGGUCCUGGCCGGCUGGUCUAUGCUGUGGUACAAGAGUGUCACUGCUGCCCUCUAUACUGCCUUUAAACUUGCAGAGGUUCUGUACUUUAAAGGAAUUGAGAAGAAUUUGGUGCCUUAUAUAAGAUGUGCUGAUAUUAUCAUAUAUUCCAUUUCCACUGCCUUUGUUUUUCACACUGCAGUUGUUGAGCCCCACAAUCUGCGACCAGCCUACUGGAACUUCCUACUCAGAGUCACAGACAACAAAUUUGCUCUGAUGAAUAGACAGCUAAUGGAACCAUUUGUACCUGGUUCGUCUAAACUUUUCCCUGGUUUCUGGCCAAACUACGAUUCUCGCUUCACAAGUCUUGUUCGUCCAGCAGAUUUGAUAAAGAGCUAACCUAAGCAAAAGACAGAAAAGAA